CCCAUAACAACUUCAUCCCGAAAAUGGCAUGCUCUGACCACACGCACACCUUGCCCCACACUACCUUUUUACUACGGUGUUCUUGCCACAAAAAUCUACUGUCGGCCUACCUGCACAGCGCGUCUCGCUCGCCGUGCCAAUGUCUGCUACUUCGCUUCUGCUCAGGCCGCCCGAAGUGCUGGUUAUCGUGCUUGCAAACGCUGUCGUCCUGAUGAUGAAUUGUUCUUUGGCGAGGCCGAGGAAGUGGUCAUAAACGCAAUGGCGGCGAUAGGGAGGCGGCAAGGGAAAGACAGAGGAGCUUUGGCACAAAUAGCAGCAGAAGUGGGUGUGUCGAAAAGCUAUCUGUGUAGAGUGUUUAAGAAGACUAUGGGCAUGACUGUGGGAGAGUAUAUCAAAGAGUUCGAGACGGAU